AUGUCAACAAAAAACAUUAAUAAAUUGAAACUGAAUGCUCUUAUGUCACCUCCUUCUUCAAAUGUUAGGAUCUCGAAAAAUACUGCUUAAUAAUUGUCAAGUAAUGGUGUUAGUCCGAAAAUGUUAUCGAAAAGUCCUAACUACUCUCAAUACAUACAGCAAUAAUUAUCCUAAAUUUAUACUCCUCCUAAGGAAAAGUUAUCAUCGAUAAUAAAUAUCUCAUAAUCAGAGAGAUCCGUUUAUUCUUUUAGAAUACCGACUUUAAGAAUGAAGGAGAAAUGCUUUAUUAAAAAGUAAUAAUAAUAUAAAUUGGGAUAAAGUUCAUUUGAAAUUAGUCUCACUACUAAUACAUCCUCAAUUUUUAUAUUCAAAGGAUCAAUUUAGGAAAUGAGUCAAUUCAAGGUCAUUCAAAUGACAAGAGCAGAACUACAAGCAAAAUCCUCAUCUAUUUAUCUUGCUCGAUAAAACUUACUAUUAAAGAUACAACAGAGCCUCAAUGUUCCAAAAAGUUAUACCCAAUUAUCUUUGGGAAAUUAUGAAGCUAUACAAUUUAUGGAAGAGAUUCCUCUCAACUGCAAUGUUUUACUUUUGAGCAAAACAGUAAAUAAAGAUUUUUGGAAUAUUAUAUUAAAUUAUCAUAAUUUUUAAUUUACACCUUAAAAAUUCGCAAAAAUCCUUACUAUCAUAAGUAAAAUUAAUGAUUUAAAUGAUCUACUUAAAUUUAUCUUAGAUAAAGAUGUAUUUUAUACUUAUAUGGAGUUGAAAGAAAUAUUUUUGAAUGAAGAUUUACUUACAAUGAAAAGAAAUCCCCUAGCAAUGAAAGAUUUCUACAAGAGUUUAAACGUCUAUGAUUAAGAGAAAUAAUAAUUCAUUGAUGAACCUAUUACGCAAAAAUAAAUGGAGGCCGAUACUCUUAAAGUUGAACAUGAUAAGGAAAUGAAAAAGGAUUUUACACUUUUGAAUCUAAAUCCAAACCCUACUGAUUUUCAACGCAUUUUAGAGAAGGAAGGGCUGUUGAGUCCAUCCAAUAAAAGACCGUCUAGUCGAUGUAACCUUAUAUUUAAUGAUUUAGACUUAAAACUACCUAAUUUCAGAACUCAAUAUGGCGAAAUCUUAAAGUAAUAAACGAUCUAAUAAAAACAUAAGUAUUACUAUUAUCUAUUGAAAACAGAAAUAAGUAUACCAACAUACCAGACCAUAUAGCAAGAAAUAUAUUGCAUAUGACUCACUACAAUUUACCAUAAUUAAUGAGGGAAACAGGGUUCGAUAGAUAAGAAAUUUAUGAAGUAUUUAGUCGAUAUAAAGCUUUACUUAGUUAUGAAUGUUCUCAAAUUCCAGGAUUAACGAAAGAGAGUAAAAAUAUUAAAUUACGUUUAGUGAUACCUAAUGGUAUCUCUAGAGAAGCUUUUAAUGCUGGCUUAGAAGAAUUGUCUAUGGCUCCCCCAGGAGUAGUAGAUCAAAUAUUUAAAUUUUUUGCAAAGUAGAAUUCGCUAGGUUUUGAAGGGUUUUUAAAAGCUAUCAACUUAAUUAGAGCAAAAGGAAAUGAUAAUAAAAUUGAACUAAUAUUAAAAGUAAAAUUUCAAGUUAUCCAAUAGUUAAUUGACGAGAACGAGAAUGGCCUAUUGUCCUAUGAGGAAAUUAAAAAUAGAUGUAGCUUUAUGAUGGAAGAAAUGCUGAAAGACUCAAAAGGUGAAUUAAGUGUCAAUAACAUGAUAGAAUACGUGACAAGAUCAAUAUUUGAUGUAUAGAUUUCAUUUUAAUUUAAAGGCAGUCAAGAUGAAUUAUGAUGAGGAAAUUCCGAUUGAUAAGAUUAGAAAACUGAUAGAAAGUAAAACACACGAAGCUUAGGUUUUGAUAAUGAUGUGUUGUGGAGAUGUUGAUUACCUAAAAUGA